AUGUCGGAACUUAGCAAACAGAAAUGGGAAGCCUGGCUUAGAGAACUGCCUAAACUAGAACAAUACAAAAUUCCCCGAUGCUUCAAACCUCCAGACUUCUCAGGCAUCCAACAACAUGAGCUUCAUCACUUCUCAGACGUGUCUAGUCAAGGCUAUGGAGCAGUUUCAUAUCUCCGACAAAUCAACGUGAACGGUAAAGUCCACUGUUUCUUAAUCAUGGCAAAGUCGAGAUUAGCUCCCCUAAAGGCAAUGACGAUUCCGAGAAUGGAAUUAUCCGCAGCAGUUUUAGCAACAAGACUAGAUCACAUGAUCAGACAAGAACUCGAUUUGCCCGUUGACAACUCUACCUUGUGGACCGACAGCACUUGCGUUCUUCAAUACAUAGAGAACAAGGAAAAGAGAUUCCAGAUCUUUGUCGCCAAUCGUGUUUCAGCAAUAUCGGACCAGUCCACAGCAACCCAAUGGCGAUAUGUUGAGACAUCGCUAAAUGCAGCUGACAAAGCAUCCAGGGGGAUGACAGUUGACGCGUUAAGGAAUGAUCGCUGGUCACAAGGACCCCCUUUCAAAAGCACCCUAAGGAGACCUGGCCAUAAGGACCCGCUGAUAUUGGCGAGAUCUCCAACAGUGACCCAGAAGUCAAGAAGACCGUUGAAGUGUUUGUAA